CCUGGACUCUCAGCCUAUCAAGUUUCUGUAACUAAUUAACCAGCGGCGCUCCAGUUUAGGGGUGAAAGUUCUUCGGGUGGGAGGCGGGCGUGGCUGGCCGUCGGGACGGAGCCCGCAGAGCCCCUCGUCGGCGUCCCGGUCCGGCCCUGCCCGCGGAGCCUCGGAGGAAGGGGCGGGCCGGGGGUCGGGAGGAGUCACGCGCCCCCUCCCGCCCCAGGUCGUCCUCUCAGCAUGGGGCUCCCGCGGCCGCAGCCCUGGGUGCUGGGGCUCCUGCUGUUCCUCCUGCCCGGGAGCCUGGGCGCAGAGAGCCACCUCUCCCUCCUGUACCACCUCACCGCAGUGUCCUCGCCUGCCCCGGGGACUCCUGCCUUCUGGGCGUCGGGCUGGCUGGGCCCGCAGCAGUACCUGAGCUACAGCAGUCUCCGGGGCCAGGCGGAGCCCUGUGGGGCUUGGGUCUGGGAAAACCAAGUGUCCUGGUAUUGGGAGAAAGAAACCACAGAUCUGAGGAUGAAGGAGAAGCUCUUUCUGGAAGCUUUCAAAGCUUUGGAUGGCAAAGGUCCCUACACCCUGCAGGGGCUGCUGGGCUGUGAACUGGGUCCUGACAACGCCUCGGUGCCCACCGCCAAGUUCGCUCUGAACGGCGAGGAGUUCAUGAGUUUCGACCUCAAGCAGGGCACCUGGGGUGGGGACUGGCCUGAAGCCCUGGCCAUCAGUCAGCGGUGGCAGCAGCAGGACAAGGCGGCCAGCAAGGAGCUCACCUUCCUGCUACACUCCUGCCCCUACCGGCUGCGGGAGCACCUGGAGAGGGGCCGCGGAAACCUGGAGUGGAAGGAGCCGCCCUCCAUGCGCCUGAAGGCCCGACCCGGCAGCCCUGGCUUUUCCGUGCUCACUUGCAGUGCCUUCUCCUUCUACCCCCCGGAGCUGCAACUUCGGUUCCAGCGGAAUGGGCUGGCUGCUGGCACCGGCGAGGGCGACUUCGGCCCCAAUGGUGACGGCUCCUUCCACGCCUGGUCGUCACUGACAGUCAAAAGUGGCGACGAGCACCACUACUGCUGCAUCGUGCAGCACGCGGGCCUCGCGCAGCCCCUCAGGGUGGAGCUGGAAUCUCCAGCCAAGUCCUCUGUGCUUGUUGUGGGAAUCGUCGUCGGCGUCUUGCUGCUGACAGCAGUGGCUGUGGGAGGAGCUCUGUUGUGGCGAAGGAUGCAGAGUGGGUUGCCAGCCCCUUGGAUCUCCCUCCGUGGAGACGACGCCGGGGCCCUCCUGCCCACCCCGGGGGAGGCCCAGGAUGCUGACUGGAAGGAUGCAAAUUCGGCCCCAGCCACUGCCUGAGCAUCCACCUUCUGACUGCUAACAGCCAGUGCAGUCAGGCUCCUUUCAUGCCGUGAGACGUCCUGGAACACUGGCAUCUCUGAGUCCCCAGGAGGAGUCCUGGGCCCCGUUGUCUUCCCUCUGGAGCCCUGUCCUGUGGUCUGCCUCAGUUUCCCCUCCUAAUACAUAUGGCUGUUUUCCACUUCGACAAUAUAACAUGAGUUUAGGCCUGAA